AUGAAGACUCAACAGGCACAAAUCAAGAAGCAAAUGAGUCAGAUGGAAGCUAAGUUUGAGGCUCAACAAAGACAGUUUGAGGUUUUUCUUGUUCAAAUGCGUGCAAUGGGUAUGUCUAUUCCCGAACCAGUUCACAAAAAUACAGAUCCACUUCAGGUUGAAAAGGUACCUGAUGCAUCUAGUACUCAUAAUAUAAACUCCCAUCGAUCAUCAAUGAGGAGUGAGUCAAGAAGUCUGGCAGUGCGAGACACAGAGUUUCGCGGUCAUUCUAGAGCAUCUUCAUUUGGUCAGGUUCAUCAACAAAAGAAAGCGAAAUUGCAACGUGUUAAUAACCAUGCAGUGAAAUUGCCGCCCAAUUAA